AGAGAGAGAGAGAGAGGGGAGAGAGAGAAUGGCUAGAGGUGGGAAGAAGGUAGAGAAGUCAGCAGCAGCAAGUGAAGUUAACCCAGAAGCUGAAGAGAGGAAAAGAUUGAAGAAACUAGCAUUUUCGAAGAACAUACUGUCGGAAACACCUGCGAAAGCAAGUUCAAUUGCUCUGGGUCCAUCCAAAACAGUGAUCAAACACCACGGCAAAGACAUACUCAGGAAGUCUCAACGCCGGAACAGAUUUAUGUUCUCACUUCCGGGGCUUUUGGCUCCCAUCUCCGGUGGGAAGGUCGGCGAGCUCAGAGAUUUGGGUACCAAAAACCCUAUUCUCUACCUUGAUUUCCCUCAGGGCCAGAUGAAGUUGUUUGGUACUAUUGUUUAUCCAAAGAAUCGGUAUUUAACUCUGCAGUUCUCUAGAGGUGGGAAGAAUGUUAUGUGUGAGGAUCACUUCGAUAACUUGCUCUCCGUUGUUGCAUAUCCCCUAGAUUCGUCAAUCAGCUCAUCACAUAGGCAUGAACAGAACAAUAUAGCUAAUGCUGAUUCUGGUUGGAAAGAUUGA